AUGGCCACCCUGCAGAAAUCUGUGAGCUUUUCCCUUAUGGGAACUCUGGCUGCCAGCUGCCUUCUUCUCAUUGCCCUGUCAGUGCAGGGGGGAGCAGCUGUGCCCGUCAGGUCUUACUGCAGGCUUAACAAGUCUGACAGCCAGGUGUCCUAUUUCACCAACCACACCUUCAAGAUGGCCCAGGAGGUUAGUUUGAUAGAUAACAACACAGAUGUUCGUCUCAUUGGAGAUAAACUGUACGACGGAGUCAAUAUGAAUGCGCGCUGCUAUGUGAUGAAGCAGGUGCUGAACUUUACCCUUGAAGAAGUGCUACUCCCCGAGUUUGAGAGAUUCCCGCCCUAUAUGAGGGAAGUGGUGUCUUUCCUGAAAAAGCUUAGCAACAUGCUUAGCCAAUGCCACAUUGAGAGUUAUGACCAGCAUAUCCACAGAAAUGUCCAAAAGCUGAAGGACACAGUGAAAGAGCUUGGGGAGAGUGGAAAGAUAAAAGCAAUUGGAGAAGUAAACUUGUUGCUUCAAUACCUGAACGAAGCCUGCAUUUGA